AUGUUUCAGAGCCCUUCCCAGCCAGGACGAGCCACGCAAGCCGCGGAUCUGACCGCCCAGCCAAGCGUGCCUCAUGAGAUCGCUGCAGUGCCUGAGAGGUGCCGAGACAUCUCCCCCUCCGGCAGGGCCAAGAGGGGAGCUCCUGGGGGCGAGACAGACGACGACCAAGACACGGGAGUCGGUCAGAUGCUGUGGAUUGAGAUGCAACUAUUGGACUCACCGGGUCUGGGCGGCUGGGCAGCGGAAUGA